AUGGCGGCCUAUCCGGAGAGGUGCGUGGACGCCACUGUACUGGACUUCGUCGCAGACCUGUCCUUGGCCUCCCCUGGGCACCCUCUCCUCUGCGACUUCGCACCCGGGGUUCCCUUUGGGGACCGGGACCUUGUGCUCCGAGAGGGAAGCCGCGGGAGGCUGGUACGCUUUGAGGAGGAGGAUCCAGAAGAGGAGGGUGAAGUAGACGAGGGGGAGGAGGAGGAGGAGGAGGAGGAGGAGGAGGAGGAAGAGGAGCAUGGGAGAAGCGCCUCCCCGCUGGGCCGUCCCAAGAGGAAAAGGGUGAUCACCUAUGCUCAGCGCCAGGCAGCCAACAUCCGCGAGAGGAAGAGGAUGUUCAACCUCAAUGAGGCCUUCGACCAGCUGCGAAGAAAGGUGCCCACUUUUGCUUACGAGAAGAGGCUGUCCCGAAUCGAGACCCUACGCCUGGCCAUCGUCUACAUUUCCUUCAUGACCGAGCUCUUGGAGAGCUGCGAAAAGAAGGAAACCGGCUGA